ACGCGAAGCCGUUGAAUAUUGUGUGAUAAUUAUCGUGAUAACGCUUACGAUUUUAAGGACAUUUGGAAUCGAAAUGAGUUUCGCGGGGUACAAGGAAAGCAUUGAACCUGGUGACACCGUUAUUCUUCAUAUUGGCUUUGCUAAUAUGCUGACAAUAACAGUGAAGCCGGGAGAAACACACCAAACCCGUUACGGUGCACUACGGCAUUCUGAUCUAAUCGGUGUCAAGUAUGGUUCGAAAAUCCAGUGCCCGAAAGGCUGGCUGUACGUCUUACAUCCUACCCCAGAGCUGUGGACUGUCAACUUACCUCAUCGCACUCAGAUUCUGUACACCCCUGAUAUCAGUUUGGUGACAUACCAACUAGACAUCAAACCAGGCAGUGUUGUUGUUGAAUCAGGAACCGGAAGUGCAUCUUUGUCACAUUCCAUCAUCCGCUCAGUGCUACCUACUGGGCAUCUACAUACAUUUGAAUUUCACGAGGAGCGAGCCAAAAAAGCCGAGGAAGAGUUCAUACAGCAUGGUCUGAAGGAACAUGUGACAGUGUACCAUCGAGAUGUCUGUGAGCGUGGGUUUGAUCUUAGUGGUGUGGCUGAUGCUGUUUUCCUAGAUUUACCGCGUCCCUGGUUGGCCAUAGAAAGUGCAAAACAAGCGCUGAAAACAACAGGUGGUAGAAUCUGUUCCUUUUCCCCCUGCAUUGAACAAGUUCAGAGAACAUCAGAGACUUUGAAAAGCCAUGGCUUUUACAACCUGUUGACAUUGGAGUGUUUACAAAGAAACUUUGAUGUGAAAACAAUCAAUCUAGCCAUUCCAAAUUUAGGUUUUGAUUCUGAAAACAAAAAAGAACAGUCUGAAACUUCAUCUGAAGUAGGGAACAAAGAUGAUUGUGCAAUGGGACCAGGAGAUGCCAAAAAAGCAAAGACGUCUGAUGAUAGUAGCAAAGAUAGCCACAACAUGCCUUCUGAAGACUGUAGCGGGGAACCUCUGGAUGAAAUUACUGGACAGGAAGACACAUCUUCUGAAGGGGCGAUGAAAUCAAAAAACUCAAAGAAAGUUCGCAGAGGGAGACCAACAAAUCCUCAUCAGUAUUAUCUAAAUAUCAUUGGAAAGAAAGAUAAGAAGACAUUUUCAUUCAAAUCUGCCGUGGUGCCUCCACAAAUGGCUGGACAUACUGGUUAUUUGACUUUUGCCUCUUUGUAUGCGGUUGAUACAUAAAAUGUUAUUUCAUUUUAUGUGCUAUUAUUUCUGCUGAUUGUACCAUCAGAUGAACUCUGAUUACUGGAUUUGCUUCGCGUGUUUCACAAAUUUUUUUUAUAAAUAAAAUGUGAAAAUAGC